AUGAACGAACCUAAGGGCUGCCAUGUCGGAGGAUGGUGGGGUUCACAUGGCAUCAACAGGUUUUUCGAUAAAGGGGUUUUGACAAUGACAUCCGCUGAACCAGGAGUGUUUUUUGCCAACUUCGGACCUCCACCGCCUGAACGUCCACCUCCGGAAGGAUUUCAUGAGGUUGAACUGAACAGAACGAGAUGGGUAAUUCCAAAUAUCUACGAUGACCUCAAAACUCUGGGAGAAGGCGCGUAUGGAGUGGUUUGCACUGCCGUGGAUCUGCGGACCGGAGAAAGGGUGGCAGUGAAGAAGUUUGGUCGCCCGUUUCAGAGCACAAUACAUGCCAAGAGGACUUAUAGAGAGUUGAAGCUUCUGCGUACUUUGAAGCAUCCAAAUGUAUUAGACAUGCUUGAUGUGUUUACUCCAGAUCCUGAUGUAACCCUAUUGAACAAUGUGUAUUUUGUCUCGGUAUUCGUGGGAUCGGAUCUGCAACAAAUUUUGAAAAUACAACGCCUUCCGAACCAUCGGAUUCAAAACUUGAUCUAUCAAGUUCUGAGAGGGUUGAAGUAUAUCCACUCAGCUGGCAUAGUGCAUCGUGAUCUGAAGCCAUCAAAUAUCGCAGUCAAUGAAGUGGGAGAUGUUAAGAUUCUUGAUUUUGGACUUGCUCGCGCAGCUGACCACGAAAUGACUGGCUAUGUGGCAACGAGGUGGUAUCGCGCACCAGAAAUUAUGUUGAACUGGAUGCAUUACACGCAGACGGUCGAUGUCUGGUCAGUUGGAUGCAUUUUGGCUGAACUCGUUUCUGGAAAACCAAUGUUUCCUGGCGACGACCACAUCGACCAACUAACUCGCAUAAUGAAGGUCGUAGGAACACCCAGUUGUGACUUUUUGUCAAAAAUACAGUCUGAAGAGGCACGAAACUAUAUAAGAAAUUUGCCUUGGAUGCCUCGUGUCGACUUUUUUACCAUAUUGCCAAAUGCAUCAGCAGAAGCUGUCGAUUUAUUAGGAAGGAUGCUUGCUUUAGAUCCCGAUGAGAGGAUCUCCGUUUCUGAAGCACUGGAGCAUCCAUAUGUGCGAGAAUGUCGUUAUCCUGAGGGAGAACCAAUUGCCGAUCAUAUAGUGGAGAUAGAAGCGAGUGAAGAGUCUGCGGUCACGUUGGAUGAUUGGAGAGAGCUGAUUUGGGAGGAGAUCCAAAUUUUCAAAGCGACCUGCCCUCAAAGGGAUACACCUGAAAACUCUGAUUGAACAUUUGAGCUAAUCAAGAGCGAAAUUCCCAUGCAUUUAUAAAGAAUGAAUGGAGUAACGGAAAUAUGGAGGGAGGUAAUCUGAAAUACUGCGCUUUGUACCUGCUCGUAAUGUUUUCACAUAUCACUUAUGUUCUGUUUGCGUUUAUAUCUGUAGGUCAUACUUAUCUCAUUCCGAUGUACUUCUGUUCAUGAAUUAGGCUCCGACGAGCGAAAAUGUGCUGUAAGCGUGCGAGAAACGUGUUGUUAUGCUCCUAGUCGCUAUAGUUCAUACGAAGUACUUGAUUGAUUAGAACUGGAAAACUGUUUGCGAAAUUUCAAUUUUUCCAGAUGUUGCUUUUGCUAUAGUAGAUUCUUGUCAUUUCUUUUCUAGUCAAACAUUUUGAGUCUGUAAUUCUGUUGCUCAUGCUUUCAACGAAAUUGUUUUAACGGAAAUCGAGGAGUGCUGAAGAUUGAUAGAGAGACCAUAGUAGAGCUGUCGCAUUUGAUAAAAUUAUUGCUUUUUGCAUGAAUGCUUCAAGCCUUUUGAAUAUAAUGCUUCCAUGUCUUCGAUUUGCAUGAGGUACAUUCUCAGAUUUCAACUUUUUAAUCUAUGUCAUUCAUCCGCUGAAACUUAAUCUUCGCUAGAAGUGAGACAUGCCCUGUAUGCAAAAUUAUAUAAACAGGUGUUACAGAAAGCUAAUCAAAUAUUUAUCGCAUCAUAUAUCACACUUUUGCCAAAUUCUCGAAGUCACCCUCAAUGCAAAUAGCUUUUUGACCUAUCUAUUCGUAUCGUACUCUGGGCAGUGCCAAGGUAGAUUCUCAUUUUUGCUGUGCUUCAUAUCGUCUGCAAAAGUAACUAUAUGUGUACGUCUUUGCAGCAACUCAUACUUAUAAAAUUGAUGUUUUCCCGCUCCAAACAAUUUCUCUUCAUGUGACGCUCUCUUUCAUGCAUGCUAUAAACGUUACUUCAUCAAACCAAAGACAUUCUCGCUUCUGAUAUCUAAUUGGUAAAUGUGUGCAAUUGUUUU